AUGUCCCAGCCGCGGCUCCUUGGCCUCCUGCUGCUGCUGCUCUGCUGCCAGGGCCCCUCUGCUCAGAUCACAGAUUCUCUCUUUGAGAGCUGGAAGGCGUACAGUGAGGAGUGCCAGCGCAACAUGAGCCGCCUGCCCGCUGCCACAGAGCUGGUCUGUAACCGCACCUUUGACAAGUUCUCGUGCUGGCCCGACACGCUGCCCAACAGCACGGUCAGCAUGCCCUGCCCCUGGUUCCUGCCCUGGUACCAGAAAGUGAAGCAUGGAUUGGUGUUCAAGACCUGUGGCCCGGAUGGGCAGUGGGUGACAGGCCCCCAGGGCCAGUCCCUGCGUGAUGCCACGCAGUGCAAGCUGGAUGCCAAGGACCUGGAGGCGCAGGAAAAAUUUGCCAGGACCUAUGGCAGCUUCAAGGUGAUGUACACCGUGGGCUACUCGGUGUCGCUGUGCGCGCUGCUGCUCGCCCUGGGCCUGCUGCUGGGCUUCAGCAAACUGCACUGCAUGAGGAACUACAUCCACAUGAACCUCUUCGCCUCCUUCAUCUUGAAGGGCGUCUCUGUGCUGGUCAUCGACGCUCUGCUCAAGACCCACUACAGCGACAAGAUUGACGACUACAACGUGCACAUCUGGCUGAGUGACGAGGCAGCUGCGGGCUGCCGGGCGGCCACAGUCUUCAUGCAGUAUGGCAUCGUGGCCAACUACUGCUGGCUGCUGGUGGAGGGGAUCUACCUGCACAACCUCCUGGUCGUGGCCGUCUUCUCCGAGAGGAGCUACUUCACUCUCUACCUGUGCAUCGGCUGGGGGGCACCUGUGCUGUUCCUCAUCCCCUGGGUGGUUAUGAAGUUCCUCUAUGAAAACAUCCAGUGCUGGACCACUAACAACAACAUGGGCUUCUGGUGGAUCCUUCGCUUCCCCGUGUUCCUGGCCAUCCUGAUCAACUUCUUCAUCUUCAUCCGCAUCAUCCAGAUCCUGGUCUCCAAGCUCCGUGCACACCAGAUGCGCUACACUGACUACAAGUUCAGGCUGGCCAAGUCCACGCUGACACUGAUCCCACUGCUGGGCAUCCACGAGGUCGUCUUCGCCUUCAUCACAGAUGAGCACGCCCAGGGCACCCUGCGCUACGUCAAGCUUUUCUUUGACCUCUUCCUGAGCUCCUUCCAGGGGAUGCUGGUGGCCAUUCUCUACUGCUUUGUCAACAAGGAGGUGCAGGCAGAGCUGCUGAAGCGGUGGCAGCGCUGGAAGCUGGGGAAGGACCUGGCAGAGGAGUACAAACACACCUACAGCCACGCACCCAGCGCCCGCAACGGCGCCGGCAAUGCCUGCGAGAAGCACCAGCUGGUGAGUGGCUGCACCAACGGGCUGGGCCGCGGCGCGGCCGCCACACGCCCCGGCACACGCUACCUCGAGAGGAGCAGCCGCGGCCCCGCCGAGCACCUCGCCAUGGCAGAGCAGCACCACUGCUACGAGUUCCCUGAGACCACGGCCGAGAGCCACCUCUGAGCCCGGUGCUGCAGCCUCUGAGCCCGAGGCGUGCGGGACUCUAUGGCCGUGGGGACACGGUGCCCGGCACAUGGAC